ACUCGUCUUCCAAGAAUCAUUUUGACAGGUUCUUUUGGAGGAGCUCCUUCUCUUUUUUUAACCCAUCCUAAACAAAAUGGCACCAAAGAAGGACGUGAAGAAACCUGCUGCUGCUGCUGCUGCUGCCCCAGCCCCAGCCCCAGCCCCAGCCCCAGCCCCUGCACCUGCACCUGCCCCAGUCAAAAAAGAAGAAAAAAUUGACCUCUCUGCCAUUAAGAUCGAGUUCUCUAAGACACAGCAGGAUGAAUUCAAGGAGGCGUUUCUCCUGUUUGACAGGACAGGUGAAUGCAAGAUCACCUUAAGCCAGGUUGGCGACGUUCUUCGGGCUCUGGGCACAAAUCCCACCAAUGCAGAGGUCAAGAAGGUCCUGGGAAACCCUACCAAUGAAGAGAUGAAUGCCAAGAAAAUAGAGUUUGAACAAUUUCUGCCCAUGCUGCAAGCUAUUUCCAACAACAAGGACCAGGGCACCUAUGAAGACUUUGUUGAGGGCCUGCGUGUCUUUGACAAGGAAGGCAAUGGAACAGUCAUGGGUGCUGAACUCCGCCAUGUUUUAGCCACGCUGGGUGAAAAGAUGAAAGAGGAGGAGGUGGAAGCCCUGAUGGCAGGUCAAGAAGACUCCAAUGGCUGCAUUAACUAUGAAGCUUUUGUCAAGCACAUCAUGUCUAUCUAA